CGCGCACCGCGCACUGGGGAUGCCGCCGCCGCCUCCCCCGUAGGGCCGCCGCGACCCCGCGGCACCGGCACCAGCAACGGUGUUGGUGGGCGGGGGGGGGGCGGGGGUGGGGUGUCGCGGGGCUAUGUCGGGUCGCGAUAGCGUCCAGAUCCCCGACGACCGGGACUUCGGGGCGUUCCGUGCGGAGUGCGAGUCGGAGCGGGGCUGGAGCCUCACCUACAGCAAGGCGGGGGUGGCCGUCUGGGUGCAGCUGCUGGAGCCCGAGCGAGCCCUCCACAAGAUCAAGUGCAGGAUGGAGUGCAAGGACGUGCCGGCGGAGACGCUCUACGACGUGCUGCAUGACAUCGAGUACCGGAAAAAGUGGGACACCAACGUCAUUGAGACCUUCGACAUCGGGAAGCUGACUGUCAACUCCGACGUGGGCUACUAUGCCUGGAAGUGCCCCAAGCCCCUGAAGAACAGGGACGUCGUCACGCUCCGCUCCUGGCUGCCCAUGGGCACCGACUACAUCAUCAUGAACUACUCCGUGAAGCACCCCAAGUACCCCCCCCGCAAGGACAUGGUGCGAGCUGUCUCCAUCCAGACGGGCUACCUGAUCGAGGGGACGGGAGCCAAGAGCUGCACCAUCACCUACCUGGCACAGGUGGACCCCAAAGGUUCCCUGCCGAAGUGGGUGGUGAACAAAUCCUCGCAGUUCCUGGCCCCCAAGGCGAUGAAGAAGAUGUACAAGGCUUGCCUGAAGUACCCGGAGUGGAAGCAGAAGCACAACCCGCACUUCAAGCCCUGGCUGUUCCCCGAGCAGAGCCGGCUGCCCGCCCUGCCGCUCUCCGAGCUCUCCCUCCAGCACGCCGACUCGCUGGAGAACAUCGACGAGAGCUCCUUGGCCGAGACCAAAGACGACCGCGGCGAGGCCAGCGACGAGGACAGCGUUAACUGAGACACCCCCCACCCCCAGACCCCCACCCCACCUCGGGGGGGGGCUGUUCGGUCCCUGCCUUGUGUCCCCCGUCCGUCCCCCCCCCCCAAAUGCAGUUUGUGCCCCUCUCUUGCACGCGCGUGCACCCACGCUUCUGGCUCCGGGGGGGGGGGGAUCCCCCUGCUGCAGCCCCCCGGCCUGGGGGCGGCGGGACCGUGCUGGGCACCCCCUGCCCGGGGGCUGCCCCCACCCGCACCCGCCCCGGGGAGGGGAGCAGGUCCCUUUGCAGCCACCGCAGGGCGCUGACCUUGUCCCCGCCGGUGGCAAACCCGAAGUGCCCUUCAGCUCUCGCCCUGGGAGGGGGGGCAAAGGAAAGGGGGGAGCCUGCCCCUGCUCCCCCACCCUGGGGGCACCCCCCUGCCCCUUCCCCCCGCUCCCCCUCUGCUCCCCUGCCCCUCGUCCCCACCUCCUCCUGCAGGACCCCUGCCCGGGGUGACCCCCAGGGGUGGGGGGACUUGGGGGUCCGCACCCCAGGCAUGCUGGGGGGGUGUCUUUGGGGUCUUGCAGCACCUCCAGGCAUGGGGGGGGGGGGGCUUAAGGGGCUCCUGGCUCGUCCAAGCAUGCUGGGGGGGGCUUGGGGGUUCCCUGCACGUCCAGGCAUGUGGGGGGGGUCCUCUCGGGUCUUUCAGCACCUCCAGGCAUGCAGGAAGGGUUGGGGGGCUCUUGGCACCUCUAGGCACCUUGGGGGGCUCCCAGAACCUCCAGGUGUGCUGGGGGGGGGAUGUCUUGAGGGCUCGUGGCAUCUCCUUGCAUGUUGGGGGGACCUGGGGGGCUCCCAGCAACUCCAGGUGUGCUGGGGGGGUCUUGGGGUGUUCUGGCACCUCCUUGCAUGUUGGGGGGACUUGGGAGGUCCUGGCAUCUCCUGGCAUCUCCAGGCAUCUUGGGGGGACUUGGGGUGCUCCUGGCACCUCCAGGCACGUUGGAGGGUCUCUGGGAGCUCCCAGCAUGUUUGGGCAUCUUGGGGGGGCCCCUGGCACCUCCAUGUAUUCUGGGGGUCUCCCAGCAGCUCAGAUAUCUCCAGGUAUACUGUGGGGGGUCUUGGGGGCUCCCAGCACUUCCAGGCAGGUUGGGGGGACUUGGGGGUCUGCUGCCACCUCCAGGCAUGCUAGGGGGGGGUGUCUCUGGGGGCUCCUGCCCCCCCCCCCCCCUUUCCAGGCGAGGGGCCCCGAGCUCAGUGUCUGAACACUUUCUGCGCUAGAAUUAGAGGCCUUGAAUCGGGAUUGUGGAGCUGCUCCUCGGCCGCGCUCCUGCCCCCCGCAUUGCCCGGGGCGGCGACGGGAGGAGGGAGAUUUUGUACCUUGUACCGGAGCUGAUUAUUUAGGAAUAAAACAAAUAAAUCUGG